AUGUUCUUCAAAGGAGAGUUUGAUGCCAGUCAGCAGUUGAAUAAGAAGGGUGACCCCCAAUUUUGCAUUGGGCAGUGGAGAAAGAGACAGCCGCUUCUGCUAAGACGGACAACAUUCUCUCGUGAGUCUGUGAAGAUCCAGCUCCUCAUGGAGGCCGUCCCGGAAGAGGAUGAAAAUGCCAGCUUGCUGGGACCCUAUAGAUACCAGCUCCUCCGGAGCCAUUCGGAAGCCGCAGUAGAAACAGCUUCCUUUUGUGGAAAAGGCCCAGGCUGUACCAGCAGCAUCCCAGACUCCUUUAACGACCAGAAAUCCACGGUUAGAGAGAAGCCCUACAAGUGCUCAUUCUGUGGGGAAAGUUUCAAGCAGCGCUCCUAUCUGGUCAAACACGAGAGGACCCACACAGGAGAAAAACCCUACAAGUGCUCGGUGUGUGGGAAAAGCUUCAGCCAGAGUUCCCACAUCAUUACGCACGAGAGGACUCACACGGGAGAGAAACCCUACCAGUGCUCGGACUGCGGGAAGAGCUUCAACCGCAAAGCCAACCUCCUGGCGCACGAGAGGACCCACACGGGGGAGAAACCUUACGCCUGUUCGGAUUGCGGCAAGUGCUUCAGCCAGAGCUCGUGGCUGAUGGCUCAUAAAAUCAUCCACACCGGGGAGAAACCGUUUAAGUGUUUGGUCUGCGGGAAACGUUUCAAUAACCGUUCGAGUCUUAUUAAACACAAGAGGUCCCAUUCGGAAGAGAAGCCCUACAUUUGCUCGGACUGCGGGAAGUCCUUCAAGGAGAGCUCUAAGCUUAUCAAACACCAAAGAAUUCACACGGGUGAGAAACCGUACAGGUGCCCGUUGUGCGGCAAAGGCUUCUGCUUCAAGUCCAGCCUGAGCCAACACGAGCGAACGCACACGGGAGAGAAGCCCUACGCCUGCUGCGUCUGCGGGAAAACCUUCCGGCAGAAGUCGCAUCUCAUCAGGCACGAGAAGAUGCACAUGGGAGACAAAUCCUACGCCUGUUGAGGCUGCCGCAAAGCCAUCGGCUGGGGCUCAGGUAGCACAGGUAGAACGACAGGUUCUCCCUGCAGGGAGAGAUACACUGCUGAAGUUCUGCCAGCCCCUGCAGUGGCAGAAGAAAGGAAGAAAAGCAAACCAGGAAUUGGAAGGACAGUGUUCUGGGACUUGAAACUUGAAAUUCAUUUAAGCCCGCUUUGUAAAUCUUUUGCAAUUUUCUUUUUCUAAUAAAAGAAAACCAAAGUA